AAAUGCGUGUCCUAGGGUUUUGUGUGCUAGAAUGAGGAGGAGGAGGAGCGGCGGAGGAGGGCAUGGAUGCCCUGCCCGAUCACAUCCUCGUCCAAUGCUUGGCGUGGCUGCCGCCGCAGCACCAGGCCGCUGCGCGCCUCGUCUGCCGCCGCUUCCACGAUUUGCUCCGCCACGGCCGAGCGCUGCGCUACAGCCUCUGCCGGAGCCGCUUGGAGCCAUGGCUGUGCGUGCUGGGCGGCGUCCAGGAGAACAAGGGGCAUCUUCUAGCUGAGAUGUAUCAUCCUCUAGAGGGCCGCUGGCGCUCGCUGCCGGCGGCACCUUCUAGCUCCUGCCACAACGUCCCUUGCGUGGCCUUCGAUGGCCGGCUCUAUGUCGUGGGUGGCUUCACGGGGAGACCCCAAAUGGCCGUCUAUGACUUUGAGCACAACGUUUGGGAGGAGGCCGCGGCUAUGCUCGAGCCCAGGGAGGCCUUCGCUUGCGGUGUGAUAGAGGGAAGGAUUUACGUCGCUGGUGGGCUUUGCCGGCACUACUCCACGGAGAAUGCCCGACUCAGGUCUGCGGAAGUCUAUCACCCAGAGAAGAAUUCGUGGCUAAGGCUGCCACCCAUGAAAGAGAAGAGAAGCUGCUGUGCUUCGGCCGUCGCUGGUGACAAGCUCUACGUGAUCGGUGGCUACAGCACUCCGUUGAUCCUCACGUCCGUCGAGGUUUUCGAUCCUCGCGAGGGGAGCUGGGAGACUUGCUCGGAGAGGCAGGAGCCUUGGAUCAUAGUUGGCUGUGCGGCGAUCGGGCCUUUUAUCUACGUGGUCGGUUCGAAGUUCACGGACAUGGAUAGGCUGGAGCUCCAAGUUUAUGACACUAUCCGGGGAGAAUGGGAAGACAAGGGAACUAUACCGGUUUCCAAGCUUCUUCAUGGAGCACGAUGCAGCUUGUGGGGCUCCGCGGUCGUUGCAAUGGCCGGAAACUUGUACAUAGCGGGAGGAUCGAGCUCCUACGAUGGUGGGGGACUUGAUUCUGUCAUCGUCUACAUUCCUGCGAGGAGAGAAUGGAUCAGUUUGCCGCAGAUGCGUAGCCGAAGGCACGCGUGCGCUGGAGCGGUGAUCUAUCUCUAGCAGCAGACACACAAUUAUGGUUGGUCGAGAUAUCUAAAAAAUUCAAACCUUUAAUUAUAUACAACAGGCAGACACUUCUUUCA